AUGGAGCACGCAACUUCGUCAUCAUCACUAUCAACGAAAACUGUUCAGACAUCCUCAGAACAAGCAUCGUCUUCCAGCGUGGAGCAAUCCUCAAUGUCAACCGAUGCCGAACAGACAACGAUCGCAGGCACCCUUGCUACGGGAACACAAUCAUCACAAACCGCAUCGGGAACACUCUCGACAUUGGACCAAACUGCAACCCCAUCGUUUGGAACCACUAGCAUGGAGCACGCAACUUCGUCAUCAUCACUAUCAACGAAUGCUGCUGAAACAUCGUCAGAACAAGCAUCGUCUUCCAGCGUGGAGCAAUCCUCAAUGUCAACCGAUGCCGAACAAACAACAUUCGUCAGCAGCCUUCCUACGGGAAUACAAUCAUCACAAACCGUAUCAGGAACAGUCUCGUCAUCGGAGAAAACUGCAACCCCACCGUUUGGAUCCACUAGCAUGGAGCACGCAACUUCCUCAUCAUCAAUAUCAACGGAAGCUACUGAAACAUCGUCAGAACCAGCAUCGUCUUCCAGCGUGGAGCAAUCCUCAAUGUCAACCGACGCCGAACAAACAACAUUCGCCAGCACCCUUCCUACGGGAACACAAUCAUCACAAACCGUAUCGGGAACACUCUCGACAUUGGAGCAAUCUACUGCCACGUUGCCAAUAUCCACCGGCACGAAGCAAGUAUCAUCCUCGCCGUCAAAGUCAGCACAAGAGGACGUAACACGUUUUGAAGCAACAUCGUCCACCAGCACGGAGGGGUCAAGAACUCCAACAGAUGCGGAACAAACAACGUUUGCUGCCACCCUUGCUACGGGAACACAAUCAUCACAAACCGCAUCGGGAACACUCUCGACAUUGGACCAAACUGCAACCCCUUCAUUAUUCUCCACUGAUGUGGCGGAAAUAACAUCAGUACCGGCAUCAUCUAUCACCACCGUAGAGGAAUCCUCUACCUCUACCAACGCGGAACAAGCAACACACUCAUCGACCUUACCUAUCGCCACACUAUCAUCACCGACCGUAUCAACUGCAUUCACGAAAUUGGGUCAAACUACUUCCCCACUGUCAUGGUACACUAUCACGGAGGAAGCAACAUCUACAUCAUCAUUUUCCUCAGGUAUGAAGGAAAUGACGACAGCAUCAGUAGCAUACACCAGUGAGGAACAAUCAAUGACAUCCACCGGUUCGGUGCAAGCAGCGCUGUCAAAAACAUCCCCUAUCAUCGCACGAUCAACACCAGCCGCAUCAGCAACAUUCUCCAGCUUAAUACCAUCCACUAUCCCAGUACCAACAUCCUCAACGGCUUGCUUUGAUCGAUCAAAUUGUACCGCUAUCUUGGAAUACUGUUACGAUGAGCAAUUAAAAGAGGCGAUGAUGAAAUAUUGCCCGAUGUUCUGUGGGUACUGCACCGCUUCAUCAUUAGCCACAUCAUCUUUUCCGUCAACAAGGCAGCUAUCGUCCACCAUCUCUAUUUCGGGAAUAAUAUGUUAUGAUCGAUGUAAUAAUUGUUCCCCAUUUUUGGAAUACUGUCGCGAUGAACGUGUGAAGGAUGUGAUGAUGGUAGAGUGUCCAUUGUCUUGUGGGUUCUGCAGCGUUCCGACGUCGACCACAUCAUCUCUUCUGUCAAGAAAACUGUCAUCUUCAACCAUCUCUAUUUCGGAAACGAGUUGCUACGAUCGAUCGGAUUGUUCCGCAUUCUUGGAAUAUUGUUACAGUGAGCGAGUAAGGGAGGAGAUGAAAAGACAUUGUUCAUUGUCUUGUGGAUACUGCACGGUUCAGUCAUCCUCCGCAUCAGUUUCACCGAAUCCCCAGCUGCUGUCGACUACUUCUACGUCAGAGGUGAUGUGCUAUGACAAAUCCGAUUGUUCCUCACUUUUGGAACACUGUUACGAUGAACGAUUUAAGGGGAAUAUGAUGACAAUUUGUGCAAGAUCUUGUGGAUACUGCACCCUUGAAUCAUCAACGGUGUCAAUUGUUCCAUCGGUAACACAUCCAUUCUCUACCAUUUCUACCUCCAAAACGUCCUGUUCCGAUCGAUCUAAUUGUUCCUUAUUUGUGCAAUUCUGUAGCAAUCAAGACCUUAUUGAUUUGAUGAUGAGCGAUUGCGCUAUGACUUGUGGAUUCUGCACUUCUCAGCCAUCCACUACCAUCUCCACCUUCCUCACCGCACCUCAUCAAAUAUGCAGGGAUACUUCCAACUGCGCCUCAUUCGUGGACUAUUGUAAUACACCGGCACUUAUAGACGAAUUCAGAACUCACUGUGCAAAAACAUGCAGUUUUUGCACUAAUCAACCAGUCUCUUAA